AUGGAGAGAGACCCAAGCAAUCCUGAAGGAGACCACCCAGGAGAAGAAGUCAAAGCCUGGGGUAUGAUUAGUGAAGAACAAUUUACAAAGCAAGAUGUAUUAGAAACAGCAGAAAUAGUAUCUUUGCUUAAGGAUAAAUAUAAUCUCUAUGAAUCACAAGCUAGAAGUAAUCUGAGACAAGAAGUAUUAGGAACUUUACUCACCCUUGUCAGAGAAAUGAUCGCUGAAGCAGCAAUGGAAGGAAAACAGAAAGAAUCAGCUGAUAGAAGAGCAGGAGGUCAGAUAUUCACCUUUGGAAGUUACUCGUUAGGAGUUCAUGGGCCGUCAACAGAUAUUGAUACACUCAUAGUAGCACCCAGAUUCGUCGAUAGAGAUAAACAUUUCUUUGGGAUUUUAGGUGAGAAGCUUAAGAACCAUCCUCAAGUCAGAGACUUUUGUCCUGUUCCAUAUACUAAUGUGCCAAUUAUAAAAAUGGUGUUUAUGGACGUUGACAUUGAUCUUCUGUUUGCAAGGACUUCAGCUCCUUACAUCAGUGAAGAUUUGACAUCACUGAAAGAUGAUAGUAUCUUGAAGAACUGCGAUGAAGCCUCAGUUCUUUCUUUGAACGGUACAAGGGUCACAAACUUAAUAUUAGAAUUAGUUCCUAAUAAAGAAAGUUUUCAAAUAACCUUGAGAUGUAUUAAGCUUUGGGCUAAAAACCGUGGUAUUUAUUCAAACAUUAUCGGGUACCUUGGAGGAGUAUCUUGGGCCAUCUUAGUUGCCAGAGUUUGCCAAGGAUACCCCAACCUUAAGCCAAAUAAGCUCCUUAGAAAGUUCUUUAAAAUGUAUCUUAAUUGGUGUUGGCCUGAUCCAAUUCUUUUGUGCAUGAUCAAAGACUCUUCAGUAGAAGUGAAAAUUUCAGGAUUCAUUACAAAAUGGGAUCCGAACUCCAAAAAGAAUGUAAUGCCAAUCAUUACUCCAGCUUUUCCUGCCUUCAAUUCUACAUUCAAUGUGUCACACACUACUAAAGAUAUCAUGAUGAAGGAGAUGAGAAAAGCUCUUGAUAUUCUCAAAAGAGUAAAGAAAGGAGAAUGCACUCUCGAAAGAUUGUUCAAAAAGCUAAACUUCCUCAAAGCUUAUAGAUGGUACCUUAAAAUCGAUGUUCUCGUAAAUGAUUAUGAUGAAAAGAGAUUCCAAGGGCAUAUUGAAAGCAAGCUCAAGAAGUUAACCCAGUUUUUCGAAGAUUAUGAACUCUCUUGUCAGAGAGAAUACUACCUAGAGGCUCCAAUUAUCUCUAUACAUCCAUGGAUGCACAGCUAUAAGACCCAUCACCCAAAUUUCAGAUAUUGCGAGUCUUUCUUCUUUGGACUAGAUAUGAAGAAAAGAGAAACACAGGCUUUUGAAGAGGGAGGAGAUAAUGAAAAUGAAGAGCAGAAGGAAAAUGUUACAAUUACUAACGGGGGAGAGAACUAUAAUGGCAAUCCAAACCUAAUUUGUCUAGAUUUUAUCAUCAAGAAUUGGUUUGAAUUCAUUGUUCCUGAAGUCGAACCACAAAAUAAGAGUGAUUUCCCUAAAAAGGAAUUCCCACAUAAUGUUGAUGUGAGAGUUUCACCAGUCAAAAGAGAGGAUAUCCCAGAUAUUAUCAACCCUCCAGUUUCAGUAAAAGAGGAAAUUCCAGAAGAGGAAGGUGAUCAAGAGUAUGACCAUAAUGGUUAUUAUGCUUCAAAGCAUAUAGAGGCUCAAGGGGAGUAUAAAAUUGAGAACAAAAGAGUCAAGACUGAAGACUUUUCUAAUGAAAUAUAG